CUACCUAGACCGCGUUUUAAAUGUCAAACACGCCUGCAGCAUUUUUGGCAAUGCUGACUCUGAUGUAGAAGGUACUAGAUAGUCAGUCAGAUAGGUUAUGAGACACAGCCAGUGUUUGACUCCAGAAGAGGGGAUUGUAUUUUACUCUAGUCAGUGAUUGUCUCUCCUCACCCGUCAGGUCUCUCAAUAACUCACUCAGGCGUUUAACACAACUCGUCUGAGCAGGAUAACAUCAGAUAAAGCACAGGGAAUAAGGCAAGAGCUGUUAGACGUCGGACCAUGCGUGAGGGAUUUUGGAAACUUCUUUGUAUUUUCAUGUUUUCCUUUCGUGCUUUUAAAGCUUCCGCAGCUAUCUAUCAGGUUCCAGUGAGACUGCAGCGCACAGUGUCGGAACACAACACUGGAGCAAACACACUCAACAGGAACUGGUGCCAGUACACAGUACAGAAGACCGUUUCAUGCCAGACGCAAAAUGGGACAGAGACUGUUGUGCAGCGGCUGUUUCAGAGUUGCCGAUGGCCUGGACCAUGUUCAAACCUAAUCAGCUACAGGUCUCUGGUGAGACCCGUGUACAGAGUGACCUACAGGAAAAUCACUUCUCUGGAAUGGCGAUGUUGUCCAGGAUUCCAUGGGGAAGACUGCAGAGAGGAGUGCAUGAACUGUACUGGGUAUGCUGACAUCAAAGAGCGCAUGAGUGUCAUUGAAGCUCAGAUAAUGUUACUCAGAGAUGCUGAGGCCCCUCCUCUCCCUCUGUCCAACCAAUCACCUGAGAGAACAGCUGAUAAUGAGGUAGACAGGACACACCCCUCACCAAUAACACCCAAUGCCAUAGGACCAAGAGGACAACCAGGACCAGUUGGGCCGCCAGGUCCCCCUGGACCUCCCGGACCUUUAGGAAAGAUAGGGUUUUCUGGAAAACCCUGUCCUGUAGGACCUAGAGGACCUCAAGGGCUGCAAGGACCACAAGGUGAAAGAGGCCUUCCUGGGCCACCUGGGCCCCCAGGGCACUUCUCCAUCAGAGGAGAUGUUUUCACUGUAACGGCUAAAAAACAUGCCCAGUAUGAAGAUAGUGAUUUUGCUGCCUAUCGUGACCUGCAGGCUUUUCUUGGUUCUCCUGGGCCCUCCGGCCCUCCUGGUCCACCAGGGCCUGCUGGACCACCUGGACACCCAGGUGUUCCAGGGAAAAAUGCUGCCUUAAGCUUUGCAGGCACACCAGGUGACAGGGGACCCAAAGGAGAUCCAGGAGAAAGAGGUCUCCCUGGAAUAACAGGAAAGCAAGGGCAGCCUGGUGUUCCGGGUCCCAAAGGAGAACUGGGAGAGACUCCAGGAGAGGUGCAGCAGUUGAGGGAAGCUCUGAAGAUUCUGGCCGAGAGAGUUCUCAUUCUAGAGCACAUGAUCGGCAUUCAUGAUACUCUGUUGGACUCCGGUUCUGGAAUAGAUUUCCUGGCGGACUUCAUGCUAGCAGGCAGUGCUAAAAAUGUUGGUGCUGCCAGACCCUCCUCUCCUCUUACCUCAGACAGAGAGUAGCCGGACUCUGUUGGGUAUGAAGAGUAAAUAACAAACACUUGCGACCACAAGGCCUUUAUCUCCUGUCUGUUGCUUUGAAGGACAGGUCCAUAUAUGUUUAUGAGUAUGAUAAGAGUGGCACUGAUCUUUUCUAUUUUAUUUACUUGAUGUAUUUUGUUUAAUUGUAAUAUUCUUCUUUUUUUAAUUUUGAAAUCACUGUAUUAACCUGUCGAAAAUGUGUUUUCUUUGCCAUUCAUGACCCGUUUUACUUCCAUUUACUUAAGGGCAGGCCUUUAUUUUAGUCAUUAGGAAAUGAUUGGAUGGUGAAAAGUGGGCACUACUUACCAGAAUGGAGUCGGACCGAACGUGAGUUUGCUAAAAUGAUGACUAGUUAGCUAUUUUGCUAUUGAUUAGAAGUGUUCAAUAGCCUGUGCGCCAUAAGUGAUGUCAGCAGAAAAAAAACAAGUUAGAAAAUCUGAUUUUCAUGUCAACUUGAAGUGUCUGUUUACUGUAAUUCAUUCCUUUUAUUACAGUAAAAGUGAGGAUUUUGGACAGGUUUGUUAUCUGAGUUAAUUAAUCAACAAUGAUGAUACUUGAUUACACAAAAAAAGUGUUCUUGACACUAUUCAAUUCUUAAUGAGUUUUAUAUGGCACGAAUAAUGAUUUAAUACCACAGUCAUUCAAGCUGAAAAUAAAUCUUUUGUCAUAAAGACUUAGGCCUAGUUCUUGUCAUUUCCUUUUUGUUUUCUGAUUGAUGACCUAUAAUGACUCCAUGCACAUUAUUAUAUAUAGCAGUGGUUUGUAUUAAAACAUUUCCAUCUCAAAACUCACAGCACACAAAAAAUAGACUAGAAUAGAACUUCAAAACUAAAUUUGGUCUGCAUAGUCUGCAUAGAAAGUGCAACGCCUACCACAAUAAAUUGUGUAUACACUUCUGCUCACCUGUUCUUAUCAUUGACUCAAAGCCCAAAAUGGCAGAACACACCAAGGGCUGCUAUUAAUAGCCGGAGAGACAAAAGGCCCUGUUGACCUUGUUCGCAGAGCACCAUUCAACACGCCAGUGUGGCUUUAAGCUUAUUGUUGCGUUUGAGCUUUUCUAAUCCUCUCGGGAGGGAACAAAUUUUUUCAGAAUCUUGGGCUUUUUCUUCUUGUUGCGUUAAGAAAGAAGAAAUGUUUAAGAGUUUCCCACGGUAAUGUUGUACGUUAUUGACAGCUAAAUAUUUUGCUUUGACUUUUUGAUUUAUUUCUUUUUUUUUUUUAAAUUUAUGGGAAAAAUCUUUUAUUUAUUUGAAAAGUCUUUUAUUGUUGCCUGGCAGUAUCUGAGCAAGUUAAAACACUUUAUUGCAAUAACAACUGUAACUAGACUAGAUGUUUUUUUGUUUUUUUUAUCUCUUUAUUGACAAAAGGCGGGUACAGAUUCUAAGGAGAGGACAACAAACAAAUGGACGUGAA